CGCCUGGCGGCGGUGAUGGAGAGCCUGCAGCGGCAGCAGGCGGCCCGCCUGGCCCGCGGCCCCGACGCCGCGCCCCGACGGCCCCCGACGGCGCCCGGCCCCGCGCCGCCACCGCCCGCCGCCGCCGCCGCCGCCGCCCGCCGCCGCCCGGGCCCCGGCCCGCGCCCGCCGCCCGCCGAGCCGCAGCAGCAGGACGAGGAGGAGGAGGAAGAGGAGGAGGAGGAGGAGGGGGAGGAAGGGGAGCCCCGCGACGCGCCGCCGCCCCAGCAGCACGAGUGGACCUACGAGGAGCAGUUCAAGCAGCUAUACGAACUGGACGAGGACCCAAAACGCAAGGAGUUCCUGGACGACCUCUUUGGCUUCAUGCAGAAGAGAGGGACACCCGUGAACCGCAUCCCCAUCAUGGCCAAGCAGGUGCUGGACCUGUACACGCUGUACCGGCUGGUGACGGACAAGGGGGGCCUGGUCGAAGUCAUCAACAAGAAGAUCUGGCGGGAGAUCACCAAGGGCCUCAACCUACCUACCUCCAUCACCAGCGCUGCCUUUACCCUCCGCACACAAUACAUGAAGUACCUGUACCCCUACGAAUGUGAGAAGCGGGCGCUCAGCUCUCCCGGGGAGCUCCAGGCUGCCAUCGACAGCAACCGGCGAGAGGGGCGGAGGCAGACUUUUGGGACGGCGCUCUUCAACUACUCGCCCGCUGGCACCCCGACCCUGCUGAGCUCCCCCAAAAUGCCCCUGCCGGCCCUCAGCAUCUCCACGCACAGCUGCAGCCAGAUCAGCCAAGUGCACACCGUUAAGAAAGAAGACAGUGUGCUGUCGGCGGCAGUGCCCGGCCGCAUCGCCAUCCCCGUGGGACUGGCCGGCCACCACCUUGCAGCGGCCCAGGCGGCAGCUGCGUCGCAGGCGGCGGUGCUGGAGCAGCUGCGGGAGAAGCUGGAGACGGGGGAGCCUCCGGAGAAGAAAGUGGCCCUGACAGCGGAGGAGCAGCAGCGGCUCAUGCAGCACGCGCUGCAGCACAACCUCCUGGCCAUGGCCUCCCAGUUCCCCAUGAACAUCAAGAUCUCCAACCGAGAUGACAGACAGGAGACUGCAUUGAACCUGUCCACCAACGGCAUUAGCAGUAUCAACAUGUCAAUAGAAAUAAAUGGAGUUGUCUACACAGGCAUCCUCUUUGCUCGCCGGCCCGCAGCCCCCUCAGCGCCCAGCGGCCCAGGCGGAGGGAGUGCCCAGAGCCAGCCGAGCCCCAUGCCCGCCCCCAAUCCUCUGAUCCCGGCCCCCUCGCACAGCCACACUCCCGCCAGCGCCUUGCCAUAGCGGUGAUGCCCCCCAAGCAGCUGGGAGGCCCCGGGGCUGUGCCAGCCCACAGGAAGCCCCCACGCACGGACACCGUGGGCGCCCCAGCCCCAGAGGCAAGCCAGUCUGGUCUGCCCUCUGCCUGGAGGGCACGGGGGGCUGUGCCCUUGGCCAUGGGGCCAAGCUAGUCCCAGCAGGGGCUGGUUUGGGGCAGGGCUGUGCCCGCUGGGAUCUGGUUGUGGGGCUGGUCCUGGCUGCUCCUGUUCUCCCUGGACGUGACCUUGUGAGGCAGCUGGUGGGGUACGAGGGGACCCACCUGGGCCACCAAGGCGGGAUGGGGGACCCAAGGGUGCCUCUGGCUGCAAUACUGCACCGCGCUUCGAUGCAAGGCUGUGAGCACCCACGGGAGCCCUCUUGCACCGCACAUGCCACCUUUCCCCAUAGGCGCCCUCCUGCACAGGCACCUUCUCUGCCCGGGUGACUCCCAGUCCAGCUCCCGCUCGUCCUGCUGGCCUGGUGCACCUCAGAGCCCCAAAACUGCGUCCCCUGCACACCGCCUCCCCUGCAGACACCCUUGCUGUGCACACACACCGCUUCUCCUGCUGCACCCAUUAGGCACGGCCUCGAUGCACACACAAGCGCUGCACCCGCUGUACGCGUCCCCUCCACACUGCACCCGCUCUGCACGUGCUCAGCGCACACGCUGCAUCACCCCGUGCACCCCGCACGCCUCCCUCCAGCCCUGCCCGAGCUCACUGUCCCCGCGCCCUUCACCCUUGUCGCGCCCAUGCGCUGUGCCCCCUAUGGUCCCCCCGAUCCCUGCUGGCCCCCCAGCCCCAGGGUGGUGGUGGUGUCCCCACAGUGGGGACAGCUCGGGCCCCAACACCCCAGCUCGGCCCUGCUCCAGGCAUGGGGCUGUGCUGGGGGAACCUCACAGGUCACCGGGGGGCAGAUACUGGGGAAACUGGUGAGACUGGUGGAGGCGGAGCCGCAAGUGCAUGGCGUGGCAUGGGGCUUAAUGUCCAGGGCAGGAGCUUUAUGCACUGGGAGUUUAUCGGGUGCAGGACUGGAAGGCAGCGGCACGGAGGUGCACGUUGCAGGGCAGUGAGGCCCAGGGGUGCCCCCACCAAAGACCGCCCGGACGCCAGCGCCGUGUCGGGCACGCCAAACUACCUCGUUGGGGCGGGCGGGCGCCUCCUGCCAUUUGCUCGCACCCUUGGGUGCCAAAGCAGGCCAAGCGCGGGGCAACGCUCACCUCUACCUCAGCGUGCGGUGGGCCGGGCUGCUGCUCGGGCAACGCGGCUCUGUGUAUCUAUUAAAGAAAGUGAACUGA